GGAACUGCUACAUCUGGACAAGUAACUCAUCAAAAUGAUGAAGAUUCCGACACAGAGAAUGAUCUUAUUAAUAUGGCAACUCAGGAGACAGACAAGCAAUUUCAAAAAUUCAGAAUGCGAAUCAAAGACUAUCCUGAUCAAAUAGUGCGGUACGAUCGUGGUCAUGAACCUCUUUGGGUAUCUUCAAGCAACAAGCCUGCUGAUAUACCACCAUGCCCAUCUUGUGGACAACCCAGACAGUUUGAGUUCCAGGUGAUGCCACAGUUGUUAGUGCAUUUGAAGGUAGAUAACCCUGGCAAGAGUAUUGACUGGGGCACUGUACUAGUGUAUUCAUGCAAGGAGAGCUGUCAACAAGACAGAAAUUAUAUAGAAGAACUAGCAUAUAAACAAGACUACUCACCUAUUUCUCAAGUUAUGAAGAAUCACCCAUGUGCUGCAGCAAGUUAAGAAGCUUGCACAGUUUUACUUAGUGACAGUAUCAGUAGAAAAGGUGAAUAAAAUUAAGUUUAUUUAAUUUUUGAAAAUUUUAUAAUAGCCAUCAUCUGUAGAGCAUAUUGUGUAUAUUAUAAUUUAUAACCACUAAAUGUUUUAACACAUGAAAUGUAUGAUUUGUCAUUUCAGGAAAGACAAUAUGGAAUGUUUGAAGGAGCUUCUAAUUGGUUGUAGCUAAAGUCAUUUUAUUUAAUAUUAAAAUCACAUAUGAAUAUCUUUGGUUAAAUAUCUAAAGUACAAUUUUUUUUUAUUGCUAAAACCUUUCAGAAUAAUUUACCAUAAUCUGAACAAAGCAUUUCCAAAUAAAACCUAAAAUACCUUUGUAACUUAUACAAGUGAGGUCUACAGGAGGUUUUAUAAGGCUUUGUAAUGUGUAAACCCCUCAAGGAAGGUUCCUUGAUGUUGGUGAGGGGCUCUUGAUUUAGGGAAUUGGAUCUGUGCUCCAGUUCCCCGAAUUAAGCCUGAAUGCCUUCCACAUCCCCCCCCCCAGGCGCUGUAUAAUCCUCCGGGUUUAGCGCUUCCCCCUUGAUUAUAAUAAUAAUAAUGUAAUGUGUAAAAAAAUAAAUAUUUACAAUUUUAAAAUAGACUUAUGAACAGACUGCAAAAUGCAGCUCAUUACAUAAAAGAAAAAAUGCUGAAACACUCAAAAUGAAAGACUCAUUUUUUAAAGGUGAAAAUUAAAGAGAUUUUUGACAGUACAACUUUUGACCACUUUGUGGUGGUAAGGUAAUGCUGAAAUAUAUGUAUGAAAGGUGCUUCCUUUUGAGUGAUAUUUGAUCUAAAAAAAUUUUUUUUUAUAGUAUUUCUAACAUGUAGUAUUUAAGUACAAAAAUUAUUCUUUUGAUGUUAUACUUGAGGGAUUGCAUUCACAGCUAAAGGUAUUAUUUAUUUCAUCAGAGCUCUAAAUCAGUAGGGGUUAUACAGCACCUUGGGAAAUGGGUGGCAUUUGAAUUUGAUCCAAGGAAAGGGUGGGUAGUUUGUUUUUUGGAUCGAGUACUCUUUACUGCUGUCAAAGCACCACUCUUGAAGGGUCAUGAGUCAGUUUUGUUAAUAUUAAACUUCAAAUU